AUGGUACUAGCUGCUGGGAAGGCGCAAGCUGAACUGGGGAAUGAUAUGGUUAUAUCAUUCUCGUUGACUUCUGCCUACGAUGUUAGAGGCUUAUGUGAGCUACUUGAAGAAAAAGGCUUUAGUAUUGCACUUGGUAAGGCCAGCUAG